AUGGCUUGUUUUUCCGAAGAAAUUGCCUCAGCUAUUUUGAAACCAUGCCUAAAACUAAUUUGGAAGACCUGCUAUGAAGAGAUAGAGCAAAAUCUGAUCAAUCCCAUUUGCAGAUUUGGUACAGCAACCGCAGAGCUGGAGGCUAUUCUCUCCGAUGUUGAAGGAAUGGUGAGAGAGGCGGAGGACGUGCAGCUCCAGAACAUUCUCGAAUACCUGGAGUCUCCAAGAAAUACACGUGUGAUGAGGGAUUGGUUUCCGAAGCUCAAACGAUUCUACUACGACGUGGAUGAUUUGGUCGAUAUGUGGAGAACUGCCAAUCUCAUGUCACAGAUUGAGAAUGAAGCCGCUUCGAACAGGGUGUGCUGCCUUACUCCCUGCUCUACGUUUCACCGUCUCAGUCUACAUCGACAAAUCAUUUUUGCUAUGAAAGGCCUCGAUGGGAACUUUCAGACAUUUAUGUCGGGUGCAGAUACAAGGGCGCCCAAUUUAGACUCAAUUAGAGAAUCCAUUGAGCGUUUGAAGCCAACUACAUCCUCCUUGGAUGCCACUGCUGUGUAUGGUCGAGACGACGAGAAGAAAAUUUUGAUAAGGACGUUGACUCAAAAUGGAAAUCGUGUCGAUACAACAAUUUCUAUUUGGGGAAUGGGUGGAGUGGGCAAAACUACUCUUGCCCGUGAUGUAUUCAUCGACAGGAGUGUUACAGAGUAUUUUAAUGAGAAGAUUUGGGUUUCUGCUACGUACAGAUUUGACUUGAGUGCAACAUUAAGAGCUAUUAUGGAAGCUCUACGACAAGAAGCUGAUUUUUUUGAACAAGAAAAUUCACGAAAUGCAUUUAUCAGAAACGUAGGUGGAAAAAGAUUGCUUCUUGUUUUAGAUGAUCUACGCCUACGGAGCAGUGAUUUGAGCCAAUGGAAUCAACUAAAAAGAACUUUUAUGAAUAGCAACCCAUCAAGUAGAAUUUUGGUGACAACGCAAAAUUACGAGGUGGCUCAAAUGGUUGGAGCAGGCAACGAUAGCAUGAUUCACCUUGAGUUGCUGUCUGAAAUUGACUGUUGGUCCAUAAUAAAUCCGGUUGCCUCUGAAAUUCACGGCGAAUUAAGAGACAUUCGUACAGAAUUCAAUCGCAAAUGCAACGGUUUGCCUCUUGUUGCAAGCAUUUUGGAGAACAGGUUGCGCGGCCAAACAACUACACAAGAAUGGGAGAGAGUUUUGCAAAGUGAAAUAGGCGGUCUUGACCAGACAAAAGCGUUUGUCCCAUUUUUGCUCAACUAUUAUGGUUUGACUCGUCCUCAAAAGCUUUGUUUCUCUUAUUGUUCAAUUUUUCCGAGAAGCUACGAGAUUGAAAGUGAAGAUUUAGUGGAGCUGUGGAUGUCGCAAGGUUAUUUCAACAAUGCUGCUGAGGAAGAAGGGGUCAAUUGUUUUAAUGAUCUAGCAAAGCGAUGUCUGUUUCAAUAUUGUACAAGAGAUUACGUUGGAAACAACAUAAAGUGCAAGAUGCAUGUGUUGGUGUAUGAGUUUGUACAAUUCCUCACAAACCAUGAACGUGUUAAGCGAAAUAGCACUUUGUUUUUGGAAACAUCGGAUACCGUACUUCCGAGAUCAUUGAAGAGGAGAAAGAAAUUGCGGACACUCUUUGCUGUGCGAAGAAUAGAUCAAACAAAUCCUCCUGCUCCGCCUAAUCUUCUGAAUUGUGAUGUAUUGGUAAAGCUUACCUGUCUUAGGACAUUAAACUUGAGCCACUGCAACAUUGAGAAACUACCAGAGAAGCUUGGAAACUUGGUGCAUCUCCGAUAUCUCAAUUUAUCUGGUAAUCCUUUGAGAUCAUUACCCAAUGCACUGUGCUAUUUGCUUAAUUUGCAAACUUUGCGACUGAAAGGAUGCAUUAAUCUAGAAAUGCUACCAGAAAAGAUAGGAAAACUGGCCUCAAACUUCCGUCAUUUGUAUAUUGAAGGUUGCCAGAGGUUGAUGACAUUGCCCAAAGAGAUUAGGAAACUAACACGCCUUCGGACGCUGGAUGUUUUCGUUGUACCUUCUCCUGAGAAUGUACAAAACUACGAGGUAUUGAUGCUUGAGGAUUUGAACCAGUUAACAAGUAUUCAAGGGAGUAUUCAUAUAUAUCGGUGCGGGAACCUUGAAAAUGCAACUGAUCUUCCUCAGACGAUCGAAUCUCCACACCCAUUAAGAGAUAUGGACUUUGUCAGUUUGAAGUUAAAUUUUGAAGACAGCAAAAUCGGGAGAAUUGGAGACCACACCGAUAUACUCAAUUCCUUGCAACCACAUGUACGGUUGAUGUCUUUAGAGAUAAGAGGGUGCAAAGGCUUCCAGUACCCGGAUUGGAUAAACUUGCUGACUUGUUUGACAAGUGUUGUACUAUAUGGCUGCGAAAAUUGGAAUACAUUGCCUCCGUUGGGGGAUUUACGAUCACUUGUGUCACUUAGAAUAGAUAACAUGACUGGAGUGGAAAAUGUGGAUCUUUGGUUCUUGGGAAUGGCGAAUAACAGGGGAGAGAUAUCAUUUCCAAUAUUGUGUAAACCUAACAGAAUUGCCAGGGUUCCUCCGAAGACUGACCCAACUGCAGCAUUUAACCAUCAACCGUUGUACGAUUGUCAGCCAACGUUGCCUUGA